GUGCAAGCGAGUAACACAUAUGAGUUUCCGAUGUGGAUGUUGGAUUUUGUACAAGGUCCGCAACGUAAGUAUAAAUCUUGGCCGAUUUACCAUUCACGUGGCUACUGCUUCCACACACAUAGCCAUGGACAAGAUAAGAAAACCCAACAUUACGGUGUCCAAGUUCGUGGAACCACAGAUACUGACUAUUACGGUUUGAUCGAGGAGAUAAUGAUGGUUGAGUAUUUUGGUUCUGUUGGACUGAAGGCCAUGGUUUUUAAAUGUAAGUGGUUUGAUACAACUGAAGGUCGGGGAAUUCGAAAACAUAAUUCAGGAAUCGUUGAUGUGUCUCCGCGCUGGCAGUAUGAGAAAUAUGAUCCAUUUAUCUUAUCUGGUAAUUGUGAUCAAGUUUGUUUUAUUCCUUAUCCGCGGGUACGACACACAUCAGCCAACGAUUGGUGGGCAUGUACAAAAGUUAUGCCUAGAGGGGUUCGAGAAACGUCUGAGGAUGCUCUUGUUGCGUUACAAGAUGAUACACACAACCAAGUUGUUGCACGGAGCGUGAUGGUGCGCAUUGAGACGUAUGUUGUCGAAGAUGAUUCAGAUUAUGAAUCCACGCCAAUUGUUCCUGCUAAUGACGAAUACGUUUCAGAAGAUGAAUUAGACGAGGCUUGUACUGAUUCGGAUUCUGAAUCUGAUUCAAGUUCUUAGUAAGUUUGUUGUUUAUGAAGUUUUUAAAAAUUGUAAUAUAAAUAAGUAAUCACUUGGUAAUUUGUAGUUUAUGAAGUUUAAAAUUUUUGUAAUAUAAAUAAGUAAUUUAUGAAGUUUUAAAAUUUAUGAAGUUUUAAAUUUAUGAAGUUUUUAAAUUUGUAAUAUAUAAUAAAUUUUUAAUUUAUCAAGUUUAAAAUUUGGAAAUAUGAAAUAACUAGAUUUCUUAGUUUUAAAAUGUUAAUAUAUUCUUAAUUUCUAAUUAAUAGGUUUGAGAUUUCAUAAAAAAAAAUUCUAAAACCUUACUAAACCCUAAACCCUAUCUAUACCCUAAAUCUAUUUCCCACCACAUAAUAAACCCAAAAAUUUUCCCUCCUAAACCCAAAACACAUUUCCCUCCUAAACCCAAAACCCAAAACCCAUUUCCCUCUAAACAAAAGCCUAAUUUCUAUACUUAAGGAAUUUUUUCCCCUCCACAAUUUUAUCACGUGUCUCUCUCUCUCACGGAGUCUCUCCUUCUGAAACUCUCUCAAACCCUUCGCCGCCUCUCUCAUUCUCUCUCGACCCUCUCUCACAGAUUCCUCUCCCUCUCUCUCUCUCACGGAGUGUCUCUCCUUCUGAAACGCUCUCAAACCCUUCGCCGCCUCUCUCAUUCUCUCUCGACCCUCUCUCACAGAUUCCUCUCCCUCUCUCUCAACGAUGGCUCCUUCGACCGGAAUCCCAAACGAAUCCCGUCGUUGCCCGUGCUCUACCGGAUUACAGCUCCCAGAUAUGCGGCAAGGGAGACCUCAGUUGACCUUAUCGGAGCCUUCUGCCAUGGCCCCAUAUUUUUCUCCUCCCAUGUCUGUACCUCCUGGAGCUGUUCCUCACGCAUCUGCUGGCUCUUCAAGUGCAGCGCCUGCGGCUCCUGCCCCUUAUGUCAGGAGAAGAGAAGAUGCUCUGCUACGUGCGCCAUCUAGACGUAACCAGCCACACCUCCAUCCUGACAAGAUCAAUGGAGCAUUGUGGUUUGGUAUUGAUCCUGAAGUCCAUGCUUUUAUCCGAGCAACAUGGCAGGGAAACUAUUGGGGGUCGUGGGCAAGCUGGAACUUCGUUCCACCUGAGAAGAAGGAUCAGUGGUGGCAUGCGUUCAUUCAACACUACUACUGGGAGGACCAAUUCCAUGAUGAAAUCUACUUGAAAUGGAAGAAACAAACUCAGGUUACCGUCUGUGGCCGCAUCAGCCAGAAAAGGAGAGAUAACCGGCAACCUUCCUACAUGCCAGACGCUCACUGGGCAACAAUGGUUGAGAAGUACAGCACUGAGCAAGCGAAAAAGAAGAGUGCAAAAGCUGCAAAAUCUCGUAAGUCUGCUCCAGUUGGGAAGAAGAUGCACAAGCACGGUGCAGGCCCACGCUGUUUCCUUAACAUUCAGUAUAAUAUGAUGGUUGAUGAAGGUUUGGAUGAACCACCUUCAUACACAGCCCUUGCGAGGAAGACUCACACGGGUAAAGACGGCUCCUUCUUAGACGAACGUACAGAGGAACUGGUGCUGGAGGUUGAGGAAGCCGUUGAAGAGAUGUUACAAGAUGGAUCUCCACAUGGCGACAGUCAAACCGACUCCACUGCUGCUUCAAAUGCAAAGCGCUACCUUCUCAACCAAGAAUACAUCAAGAGAGGAAAGACAAAGAAGGGCACAAUCUACGGCCUUGGCAGUGCUCAGUACAAGAACAGCAGUCCUUCUGUGCCAAAAGCGCAACCUUGACGUGGAUAUGCGCAUGUCUGGCUUCAAGACCACCAUUUCUGAAGUCAAGGAAGACAUUGCUGGAGUCAAGGAAGAUUUCACUGCUUUGAAGACAGAGAUCAAUGCUUUCAAGACUGAAGUCACAGGGGGGAUGUCUGCAAGCCAAGCAACUCUCAACAUUAUUAUGCAAACUCUCCAAUCUCAAGCUUCCACUUCUGCCUCAACUGCAUAACCAUUUCAGCCUCAAGCUCAGCCACAACAUCAAGGUCAGCCCCAAGCUCCAGUUCAAUCUCAUCAUCAGCCACAACCUCAAGCUCAGUCUACGGCUCCACCACAACAUCUCUCGACCAAUACCCAUUCUGAUUUAGAUAGGUGGUGCCAAGAACUUGAUAUGUAAGGUUUGAUCAGUUCAUGUAUUAAGCUACAAUAUUUUGUGUACUUUGGUUCAAAUUCAUGGAUCUUUUGAAUGUUUGACUUCAACUCUUAUGUAAUAUAUUUCGGUUUCAAUGAUAUUAUGACUUUCUAUUCGCAUAUAGCAUUUUAUAUAAAUUUUAAAUUUGUUUUUUAUAAUUGAUUUUAAUUUUUUUUUAUAAUUGGUUAAACUAGCCACGAAAUGUUUCGUCAGUAAAACGUAGCAUAUGUUACGAAAGAAACCGUGGCAAAACCGUGCCUGUUGCUACAUUAUAUUUCGUAUCAAAUCGUAGCAAGUUACUGAAAUCGUGGCAAGCGUUGCCACGAAAACUUUCGUAACAAAACGUGGCACUUUGCUACGAUUUUUGAUACGCGCUCUUUUUGCUACGCUCGUAUACGUACGUUUUACGUUUCAUAGCAUUUCGUGGUUUCUGCUCCGUAUAGCCACGAAAUCUUGGUCAUAGCCACGAAAAUUAACGUGGCUGUAGCGAUGUUUUUUACUAGUGACAGUUUAUAAAGAAAAAAAAACACGGAAGUGAAAACACACACAAAAGUAUAGAUAAA